AUGCGGGCUGGGGUCUGCUACCUUGCCUUGGCAGUCGGCCUCUUGGCCGGCGCAUCUGUCUGCUGUGCAGCGGAGGACGAGGUUGUCACUGUUCUGACGGCCUCCAAUUUCGAUGACACGCUGAAGAAGCACGAGAUCGUCCUCGUCAAGUUCUAUGCCCCGUGGUGCGGCCACUGCAAGCGGAUGGCGCCCGAGUACGAGAAGGCUGCCAAGAUGCUCAAGGAGAAGGGCUCCUCCGUUCUCUUGGCUAAAGUCGAUGCCACCGCUGAGACUGACAUCGCUGACAAGCAGGGCGUCCGCGAGUACCCCACUGUCACUCUUUUCCGCAACGAAAAGCCGGAAAAAUUCACUGGCGGCCGCACUGCGGAAGCCAUCGUCGAGUGGAUUGAGAAGAUGACCGGCCCCGCGCUCAUUGAGGUCGAGGGCAGCGUUGACGACAAGGUUACCAAGGAGUCUCCUAUCGCCUUUGUUGGUGAGGUGAAGUCCAAGGACAGCGAGAUGGCGAAGCUGUUCGAGGAGGUUGCCAACGAAUCCCGCCAACUUGGGAAGUUCUUCGUCAAGUAUGACGCCCCUGCAGAGAAGAUCUACUCCCUGCGCUACGAGGAGGGCACUGACGACUUCAGUGGCAAGACCAAGGAUGAGCUUAAGAAGUUCGUUGAGACCGAGUCCUUCCCUCUGCUUGGCCCCAUCAACGCCGAGAACUUCAGAAAGUACAUCGACCGCGACCUGGACCUGGUGUGGCUCUGCGGCACCGAAAAGGACUUCGACGACUCUAAGGCUGCCGUCCGUGAGGCCGCGAAGAAGCUUCGUGACACCCGCUCCUUCGUCUGGCUCGACACUGACCAGUUCAAGGCCCAUGCUGAGAACGCUUUGGGUAUCACCGAGUUCCCCGGUCUUGUGUUCCAGGGCAAGAAGGGACGCUUCGUCCUUCCUGAAGCCACCACCUCUCUUAAGGAUGCCUCCAAGAUCAUCAAGUUUUUCGAGGAUGUUGAUGCUGGCAAGAUCGAGCGCUCUCUGAAAUCCGAGCCGGUCCCCGAAAAGCAGGAGGAGGCUGUCAAGGUUGUCGUCGGCAAGAACUUCGAGGAAAUGGUCAUUCAGAAGGACAAGGAUGUGCUCCUGGAGAUCUACGCUCCGUGGUGCGGCUACUGCAAAAGCUUCGAGCCCAUCUACAAGGAGUUCGCUGAGAAGUACAAGGAUGUCGACCACCUCGUUGUUGCUAAGAUGGACGGUACCGCCAACGAGACACCUCUUGAUGAGUUCAACUGGUCCAGCUUCCCCAGUAUCUUCUUCGUGAAGGCUGGCGAGAAGACGCCGAUGAAGUUCGAGGGAUCCCGGACUGUUGAAGGUUUGACUGAGUUCAUCAACAAGCAUGGUUCCAAGCCCCUCAAGAAGGACGACAAGGGCGAGGAAUUGUAA